UUGUGGGCAGUAUAAGGUACACCUGUGCACUACUCAUGAUGUCGGAUCAGCAUCUUGAUGUGGCAUACCUGUGAGGUGGGAUGGAUUAUGUCACACCCUGUCCUGUUUCCCCAUUCUGUUCAGUCAUGUGUCUCUGUUAAUUGCUCCCACCUACCUCUCUUUUUCCAAUCACCCAAGCUCCCAGCCCUCAUGUAUUUAAACCCUCUCAGUUCUGUGUCUUUUGACGGUUUAUUGUUUCAGUGUCCAGCGCGUUUUUAUAUUAAACUUUACUAAACGUUCGUGUCUAUCUGCCUGCCUUCCUCACCCGCAUGUGGAUCCUCACCUCCGCUUCACUCACCAGCAUGCCGUGACAGAUUAUCUCAGCAAUGCAGAAGUGCUCACUAUCACACAUUUAGAUUGAUUUGUGAACAAUGUUUGAGAAAAAUGGUAAUAUUGUGUAUCUGGAAUGUAUUUUAGAUCUUUAUGUCCAUCUCAUGGAAAAUCGGAGCAGAAACAAAGGUGUUGCGUUUAUAUUUUUGUUGAGUGUAUGUGUAAAUGCGGUGUUGGUCAGAACUUCAGAAUCUCGGAAAGCGGCGUCUCUGGAUGAAAAAGAAUUUGGUUUGUUCUAAACUAUGAUGUUAUCUUCAGAAGCACAUUCAGACGCAAUCUCUGUGUUCUACCUCACCCUUUUGAUGACCUUCGUCACGGAUUCGGAGGUCAGAGAGGCAGGAUGACCUCUGGGCACCCAGGUCCGGUAGAUUGACUGCGAGCACCGACUUCUCCGGUCCAAAAGAUAUCACCACGCAGCACAGGUUGGAAUCAGCUUGCGUCUCAGGAAUAACUCUUAAGGAGUUGAACAAUAUCAGCUUUGUUCUGCAUGAACUGUUUGCUGUCUCAGCUUUGUAGGUGCAAAAAGGUUUUGAUGAUGUGUCAAAAUCUUUGAUUAUUAAAGAGAUAUGCUAAAGAUGGCCGGUCUGAAGCUUUCUCUAGAACUGGCAAAUCACUCAAAGUGAUUUAGUUUUAAAGAAUUUAUGUUAUGAUUUUCACAGUCAAUCAGAGGCUGACAGGAAAGAUGUUACCAAGACAACUCAGAAACACGCCUUCUUUAAUAUGGAAGUCCUGACUGGUAAAGAAAACAAGUUAUGUGUUGUAGUCUAACUUAACCGUACUUGUUAUUGUGGAUGUGCAGGUGUGAGGACCUUGUCGUCAAAACAUCUGAGGAGACAGAAAAAUGGGAACGAUGAUGCAUUCUGGAUAAUUGGAGUGUCGAGAAAACCGGAUGACUUUUGAACGUUUUGGUGAGUAGGCAGUUUUAAGACCGCUAACGGACUAGCAGCAAAAGCUUAUCUUAAAGUGAAACUGAGUUGGAAAAAACUUAUUUAUGUGCUAAAACGUUUAAGUACCAGUUCACUGACAGUAUGUUGAAAAUGUAUUGGUUUUAAUCACUAGUAUGAAGCUAGUCUGGUGACAUUGAGGGGGGGGGGGGACCUUGCCACGCAGUCGUGGCCGCAAGUUAUUUUUCCCCCUCAAAUGUCACCAGACAGGCACCAUAAUAGGAGUUUUCCAUUUGCUGUAACAUUUUUUCUUUGCCAAAUAACCUCCACUUUGUACAGCGAUACUGCUAAAAGAUGGUGAUGAAACCAGAGACCUGAUUUGUUUAUGAAUGGGUAAAUUAAAUGAUUCUGUACUUAAUUAUUUAAAGAAAACUUCACAUCUGUGAAAACACUUUUGUUAAAAACAGAUUUACAGCCUUGAUUUAAGGUUAUAUUUUUAUCUUUUGGGAAGAAAUUAUUACAAAGAAAAACAUUGUAAUAAAAAUGGAUUUUUGUAAAGAUUUAUUGUGCUCAGUAGUAAUCUUUGACAUGCUAUAUACAGGGUACAUGUGCUAUAUAUGACUAUCAAAGGUAUUGGCCAGACUCAGCAUUAAAAUUGUAAAAAUUCAGUGUAACUAUACUUUACCAAUUAUAUAAAUAUGAACUUGGUUCAGUUUUUCAUUUUGUUAAAGAGCAAGUCACCCUCAAAUCAACUUUUUUGCUAUUAAACUAUAUAAAUGAGUCUCUAAUCGUUAGAGGUAUAACAGUACGCUAAAAUCGUAUUCGAUUCGGUUCAGUGUUUUGAAGAGCUCAGUACAAAUCGUUUUCUGUAUAUUAUUAUAUUUAUUUAUUUUUUGUCUGAAGCGGCUUCUGUAGUGAGCAGAACCAGGUGUCCUCACAAGCUGCUGAUCUAGUAUGAUGUCUUUAAAUAUUUCACAGUUUAUUUGCGCAGCUAUGAGUAUCACUCUCAUACGUGCUUGACUGUUGAUGCGCCUUGUUUUUAUUUCUGCAGUGAGCCUUGAAAACUCACCUCAGACUGCCCACUUUCUUCUUUAAAACUCAUAUUAGAGGGUAUCCGCAGGUCCUUAAAAAGUUUUAAAGUUUUAAAUUUGCUUUUUUAAAUUUAAGAUCUUAAAAAUCAUUAGAAAUGACAAAUAAUCCUUAAUUACAGUUUCCAAAUGUCUUAAAUUACCAAAGACCCUAUGAACAAGAAUUUGUAGUUAGUGUUCAGCAUUUUUUGUUUAUGAUAUUGGCAUAAGUGGAACUGUACACAUUCAGUUGGUUGUGAAAGGGGACUAUUUUUAGAUGAGCACAUUAGCUGGUUAAGCUAGUGGGAGCUUGCACCAUGGGGAAGUGAAAGUUUAAUGGUAACUGGGUGGGUAAUCCCACGUUUGCGACGUGGUUAGCACCAGUGCCAGGCAAUAGCUGAAAAUUAUAGCUUAAAUAUAAUUAAAAAAUAGCUUAAAUUUGGUCAAAGUGGCCUUAAAAAAGGUCUUAAAAAGCCUUAAAUUUGGCUCCCUUAAACCUGCAGAUACCCUGUUAAAUAACGAGCUUUCUCCGCAUCGUAUUUUUUGUUGUAGAAUGAAAACAUUACAUCAACUGCCGUGGGGGAAAAGUUCAGUAGACAUGUUGUUUACGUUCAGCGUCUCUACUGUCUCCACAGUAGCAGCGACAGCCAGCUGGUUUGAUCUGCUCAGAAAGACGUUGAUCAGAAUUUGCAAAUCACCUUUUUUAAUCGGAGAUCAGGUGCGUGCAACCAUCAUGCGUCACUCAAUACAGCGUCGGUGCGGAAACUCGCCUAUGAACUUUGAUCUGCUGCACUUAAAUCAUGCAAACAAAAUUUCAUUAUUUAAUGGAAAAUGAACCAAAAUGGUACGCAAGUGGCCCGAACCGUUAAACCCCUAAUAUAUACAUGCAGCUGUAAAAUUGGCAGCACAUAAUUUUGUUUUUUUUCUGUAGAUUACUGAAUUACACAUCAGGACAGUAUGAUGGAGUUAAGACCUGUAGUCAGCUGAGAGCUCCCGGUGGUACGAGCACAAAAAUUAAAUAUUUAACAAAAGUAAACAAACUGUACCGAUUUUGGUUCUUAAGACUAACAGAAUCCUUCCCGGUGUCCAAAUCGGGUCGCGGGUCUUCUGCGUCAAACGGUCCAAAACAUGUCUGCACCUCCGGUAGUGAUAUCCAGCUAGCGGGGUCGGAGUUCGGUUGAACUUCUCCGGUAAUCAUCCCAGAGAAAAAAACAAUCUGACCGACUAGCAGAGGCUUCAGAAGCUACAUCUUGACUGAUGACACAUUGUUCUCAGCUAUAACUCUUAACACAGAAACAUCGUAGUCAGGUGCUUUUUCUUCAGACCUCCUGUGAAACGUCACCAGCUGUCCAGGGCUUAGACCUGAAGCUAGUUUCUGUUUUUCCCGUGCCAGUCAGAAACAUCAGAUUUUCUUCAAAUUCCAGCCGUGAAAAUCCAAAAACAUUUUUCAUUGAGGUUUUAUACUUUAAACAUGCCAUUCAAAGGAAUUUAGCCUGUGGCCAAUAUCAUUAAGAUAGAUUUUGAGUACUAGAUAGUAAAGCCUCUAUUCUGUGGUUAGAAGUCUCCUCGACGAGGGAGUGGAGAGCCGGACCAGAACACAUCAUCUCCUUUUCCAAGGGUGAUGAACGAGAUGUACUGCACCUCACUGAGGAAACAGCACCGGCAGGAUUCAGCAGUGUGGUAGGACUGACUUUGGGUUGCAAUGAUUAUAAAUUUAUAAAAAAAAUUUGCCCCCUCAGAGUUUUCAUGAAUGUUAACUAGAUCUAUUAAAGCUUAAAGGGCUUUCUGAUCAGUUUAUCUCUGCUGUCAAAUUGGCAUUUUUGACAUGUGAUUCGAUGAGGAUUAGCUCUCUUCUGGUGGAUGAGGGGGGAAAUGCAUUUUUUUGUGCCUCUUCCUUGUUGGCUUCACUUUCAUACCAGAAUUAUGGGGGCUGUCGUGGUGGAAAUUAUUCCAUCUAACCACUCCCUGGUUCUUUGGAGGUGACCCUGAAGAGAGAUCCACACUUUAAGCUAGGGCUGGGCAAUAUGGCCUAAAACUAAUAUCACAAUAUAUUGAGGAUUUAACCUCAAUAAUGAUAAAUGGACCAUAACUGCAGGUAAGUUGUCCACUAGAUGGGGCUGUCACAUGUAUUAUAUUUAGUCACAUUUUUACGCAUCUCAAGGUGGUACAGCUUCUUAAAGGGACAUGAAUGUUGUCCAGCUACACACAUCUUUUCAUUUUUUUAUUAUCAAAUUUAUUGACAUGGGAAAAAUGAUCUCGAUAAGAGUCAGAAAUUUCGAUAACGAUACAUUUUCGAUUUAUUGCCCAGCCCUACUUUAAGCCCAUUAUAAUAUGUACACACACAAAGAUCUUUGGUUGGCUUCUGGUGAGAAGAACACAAGCAGUUCCCUGCCGAUGUAUCUUCUAACUUUCGACUCUUCUCGUCAGCCCUUUUAUUGAAUUGCAUGAAAAAUUUUUUUAAAUUUUACAACAGUUCCACAAUAGACUGGGGCGUUCCCACUUCACAGUCAUACACUACUCCUCCUCAUGUGAGCGGUCUUCAUGAGUUCACAGUCUAAAGCACCUUCUGACUUUCCCUGACCCUCAACAUCCAAGACUUUUUCUAAGACUGAACUUGUGAUCUCUGGCUCAGCAACGAGGUCAAAAGUUUAUCAAUCAGACACUUCCCCAUGACAUAACUCGUGAUCUUCUUUUGACCACAAGCAGUAAGAGUCAGGCCAUUGUUAUAGAAACUUUCAACACCAAUGUUUUCUGGAACGUUAUCUCUGUUAGUCUGCAGCACUUCGACAAAGUUUUAUUUCCUUAUAUAUGAAGAUUAAAUGAUUGACCAACACAUUCAUAACCUGACAGCAAUUAGACUGAAGUUGACUAUAUUAGUUUAAACAGAAAAGGUUAUAUUGGUUAAGUGUAAAAAUGAUUAUUCUCAAAAAGAUUAUAUUGAUUAGCUUUAAAAAUGAUUAUGCUGAUUAGGGCUGCAAUGAUUCCUCGAGUAACUCGAAUGAUUCGCUGACAAAAAAUACUCGAGAAUUUUCCGCUGCCUCGAGGACUCGUUAAAUAGACCAUAGCUGAAUAUCCGGCAUUGCGCAUGGAUUCUUUAUGUGUUGCGCAACGCGGUUACGUCACAGAUUAUACGUGCCAUGUACUCUACUGCACAGCGCGCAGCGGUCUUUUCGUCUUUUCAGCUGGGCAGCCGACAAUGGCAGACGCCAUGGAAAUAAAUGAAAACGAGCAAGACCAAAACGAAGGAUAUAGUAAACGACAGAAGUUUUCCAAGGCAUGGGAUCACUUUACAUUAAAAAGCAAGGAAAACGCCAUUGUAUGCAAGCAUUGCAAGGUGGAGCUACCACAACAGCACUUCUUCCAUGCUGCUGCAUCUCUUAAGAAAGCAUCCGACUGAGGGCAUGAGUGAACGUGCCGAGAUCAGGUAAAUAAACUUUUUUUCAGGACGUAAAUAUUGACUCAGCUGUAGUGUCAAUAAAAUACAUUUAUUUGUUAUAAUUUAGUUUUAAAAUUCUGCCCUAAAAUACAUCUGUUAAGUGUAUAUUUUUAAAAUUGGUUUACAAAAAAAAAAUCUUUGUGUAGCGGAGGCAAAUGUGUAUUAUUUAUUUGAUAUUCUGUAUAAAUAUACAAUAUUACCUUACUUGAUCUUUAUUGUAAAUAUCAGAAGAUUAUAGGAUUUUUGCUUUAUUAAGUAAUUAUACACACCUCGUCUUGAUUCAGAAAAGAGUCAGGUUUAUAAUUGUAAGAAUUUAUUUUAGAAACAAUUAAAACAUGACAAGUGAACUAAGCAUUUACUGUGAAUGGAUGGAGCUAAAGGUGAUGUAGGAACCUACACUCAACAAAAAUAUAAACGCAACAGCUUUGUUUCUGCUCCGAUUUUUCAUGAGAUGGACUUAAAGAUCUCAAAUUCAGUCCAGAUACACAAUAUUACCAUUUCUCUCAAACAUUGAUCACAAAUCAGUCUAAAUUUAUGAUAGUGAGCACCUGUGCUUUGCUAAGAUAAUCCAUCCCACCUCACAGGUGUGCCACAUCAAGAUGCUGAUCUGACAUCAUGAGUAGUGCACAGGUGUACCUUAUACUGCCCACAAUUAAAGGCCACCCAGGAAUGUGCAGUUAAUUGCUUUAUUAGGGGUCUGGGGACUCAGAACCGGUCAGUAUCUGGUGUGACCACCAUUUGCCUUAUGCAGUGCAACACAUCUUCUUCGCAUAGAGUUGAUCAGAUUGUCAAUUGUGGCCUGUGGAAUGUUGGUCCACUCCUCUUCAAUGGUUGUGCGAAGUUGUUGGAUAUUAGUGGGAACUGGUACACGCUGUCGUAUACGCCGGUCAAGCACAUCCCAAACAUGCUCAAUGGGUGACAUGUUCGGUGAGUAUGCGUGGCCAUGCAAGAACUGGGACAUUUUCAGCUUCCAAGAAUUGUGUACAGAUCCUUGCAACAUGGGGCCGUGCAUUAUCUUGCUGAAACAUGAGGUAAUGUUCAUGGAUGUACGGCACAACAAUGGGCCUCAGGAUCUCAUCACGGUAUCUCUGUGCAUUCAAAAUGCCAUCAAUAAAAUGCACCUGUGUUCUUCGUCCAUAACAGAUGCCUGUCCAUACCAUAACCCCACCACCACCAUGGGCCACUCGAUCCACAACAUUGACAUCAGCAAAUUGCUCAUCCGCAUGACGCCACACACGCUGUCUGCCAUCUGCCCUGAACAAUGUAAACCGAGAUUCAACCGUGAAGACAACACCUCUCCAACAUGCCAGACGCCAUUCAAUGUGAGCAUUUGCCCACUCAAGUCUGUUACGGUGACGAGCUGGAGUCAGGUCAAGACCCCGAUGGGGACGACGAGCAUGCAGUUGAGCUUGCCUGAGACGGUUUCUGAUUUAAACCCUCUCAGUUCUUUGUCUUUUGUUGGUUCAUUGUUUCAGUGUCCAGCGUGUUUUUAUAUUAAACUAUACUAAACGUUCGUGUCUAUCUGCCUGCCUUCCUCACCCACAUGUGGAUCCUCACCUCCGCUUCACUCACCAGCACGCCGUGACAGAAUGAACCAAACUCCUAAAGGAUCCAGCGGGGAGGUUCUCCCCUGGGAGUACCUGCUUCAGUUCCUCACCUCAAACCACCGGCCGGCUUCUCCUCCUCCGGCGUCGCAUCGCCGCAGACGCCGCUGCCGAACCCCGGCCUCGGCGAUCCUCUCCACCCUCCCGGAGCCAGUUGGGGGGUUGGACUGGGAGACGCAGCUAGACCGCUCCUGCUAUGUGGGCACCAGACUGGCAGUGUGCUCCCCCAGAGUUAGCCCACGGUGUUGGGAAGGAUGCCGGGCUCCAGCGUCAACCCCUGUCCCAGGACGGAACCACGGGCUCACCGCUACCCCGGCUUGGGACACCAGCUUGGACCCACCCCAGUCAGAUCAGCGGCCCCAUCUCCGGUCCAGUCAGCACCUCCUUCAUCUACAGGCGGAGGGCCCACGCCUACAGCCCAUCAGACGGAGCUCACCAGCCUCCAAGUGGAGCUUGACUGGCUCCGUCAACUCAUCAGCCUCCAGGAGUUCCAGCUGGACAUCCUAUCCUCCUCGUAUCUCCAGGAGAAGGUUUCUGUCCAGCCAGCGGCCCCACCUCCGGUCCAGUCAGCAGCUCCCUCGUCUCCAGGCCAAAGGACCGAACCCACAGCCCAUCCAACAGAGCUCGCCGGUCUCCGAGCUGAGCUGGUCCGACUCCUUCAGAUUUUCAGGCUCCAGGAGCUCCUGGUGGACAAUCUAACCUCCCUGCUUUUCCAGUUACUGGCUCCACCAGGUCCUGCGCCACCAGUCCAGUCUGCGCCAGGUCCCGCGCCACCAGUCGAGUCAGCGCCAGGUCCCGCGCCACCAGUCCAGUCAGCGAUAGGUCCCGCGUCACCCGUCCAGUCAGCGCCAGUGUCCAGCGCGUUUUUAUAUUAA